UCCUCCAUUCUUCUCUCCUCCGCCAAUCUCUCUGUUCCAGGGUGUUAGGGUUAGGGUUUCCGACAUCCCUUACACCCAACCAUUUCCCUCUUUUCAUCUGAUUUACGCGCCCUCUCUUCUCGGAUUAGGGUUUCUCCUUAUCGCUUUCUAACUGCACGCUUUUCCCCUCCCUUUGUUUCUUUCUUCUCUUUCGCUACAGAAUUUCUCUCUCUAGGCUUAGGGUUAGGGAUUAGGGUUCUCGGGAUCUGCUGAUUUUGGUUAUUCUCUUUUGAGUGGUGGUGUUUGCUUUCGAAGGAUGCCUUUUGGUAGAUUCAGAGAAUGGAGGUCUUUUUAAUGACAUUGUCUUAGCUGAGGAGGAAGAAUAGGAAGGUUCUUUGCAGAGACAGCCAUGAGUGCCUCCAGGUUCAUAAAAUGUGUUACAGUUGGUGAUGGUGCCGUAGGAAAAACCUGUAUGCUCAUCUCGUACACCAGCAACACGUUCCCCACUGACUAUGUACCUACUGUUUUUGAUAACUUUAGUGCGAAUGUUGUUGUGGAUGGGAACACUGUGAACCUUGGAUUGUGGGAUACGGCUGGUCAGGAGGAUUACAAUAGGUUAAGACCUUUGAGCUAUCGAGGAGCAGAUGUGUUUCUUUUGGCCUUUUCUCUUAUCAGCAAAGCCAGCUACGAAAAUGUUGCAAAGAAGUGGAUUCCUGAACUUAGGCAUUACGCUCCUGGUGUUCCGAUAAUUCUGGUUGGGACAAAGCUUGAUCUUCGAGAAGACAAGCAGUUCUUUAUAGAUCACCCAGGUGCAGUGCCCAUCACUACUCUCCAGGGAGAAGAGCUGAAGAAACUGAUUGGAGCUCCUGCAUACAUAGAGUGCAGUUCCAAGACGCAACAGAAUGUGAAGGCAGUUUUCGAUGCAGCCAUUAAGGUGGUUCUCCAGCCGCCCAAGCAGAAGAAGAAAAAGAAGAGAAAGGCACAAAAGGGCUGUUCCAUCUUGUGAUUCUAGCGAGAGAAAAAGGCCACCGACCCACCGUUCAUGCUAUCUCUCUUCUUUCUCUCACCAUCUCUCUCUCUCACUCUUAAUCUCUAAGGAAGCUGGUCUUGGGGUGUAUAGUCCUCUGACAUUUUUAGAGCAUGGAAAAUCAUCAGGUGAAUUGUUUCUAUUUUGGGUUUUGUGGUGAUCUAUAUGAAGGCUAACUCAGAGAUGCUUCUUCUAGGAAAGAUUUCUAGCAGAGGGAGGUGAGAAAGACCCUGCCUCGUGACUAUUUCCGUGCAUGGACCAUGCAGCUCUUUCACAUUCUGUGUAUCUUUAUCUUUUAUAUAUUAAAUUAGUACAAGGUUUGCACAUGACCAUCA